ACGUUUUCCCUAUGAAAUGUAAAAUUACAGUCUUCCAUUUUCAUUUUCUGUUAAAUCCACUGUUAAAUCUCUCUAUGGAAACAAACAGUGCAAAGCACACAGAGUGAGAUUAAGAAUACCAGAUGUAUAUACUUUCCAUAUAUACAAUAUAAAUGGUCAAUGAACGGAGAGGGGUAGUAGAGGAAGAGAUAUGGAUCUUAUAAAGCAAGCGUGUAAUCUGCAGUGACUGUAGUGUAUAGUGUAAACGAACCCCAAGGCAAAGCCGGCUUCUUUACAAGCUUAGCCAGUUCUGUUUUACUGCCACCAAUUCUCUUUCUUUCUUUAUUUUCUUUACUCUUUCUCGCACCACUACCAAGCAAAGCAAUUUAUGCCUUACCUAAGAGAGAUUGUCUUGUUUAUUUUAUCUCUUGUUUAUAUUUAAUCCUCUCUGUUAUUGUUAUUGGUUGUUUCCACUACUUGGAUUCCUUUGCUUUGUCCUUUGACCCUUCGCUUACAAGAAGAGAAGCUAUACCCACCAGAGUUAUUCUGGUUCUUGUGAUGGGAUUUUUGUGAAAGAGAAUAAAGACUUGAGUUUUAGAGGAUGGGAUUUUGAUCGAGUUUGUUUGGAUGCAUCUACGAGUUUUGAGGAUUUGAAGAAAAGGAAAGACUUUUGUUUUUGUUUAAACUGAUUUUGAGGAGAUGGGUUGCUUUCCUUGUUUUGAUUCGAGGGAAGAAGAGACUCUAAAUCCACGGAAGGAAUCCGAUGAUCGAAAGCAAAGCUUGCCCACCGAGUCUUCUAACAUUUCCAAAUUAUCCUCUGGUGCUGACAGGCUUAGAUCAAGAAGCAAUGGAAGGUCAAAAAGAGAAUUGCCAGUUGCUAAGGAUGGAUUAACUGGUGGCAACAUCGCAGCUCAAACAUUUACUUUCCGUGAGCUUGCAGCUGCAACAAAGAAUUUUAGGCCAGAGUCUUUCUUAGGAGAAGGGGGGUUUGGACGUGUAUAUAAAGGGCUUCUUGAGAGCACUGGUCAGGUUGUUGCUGUUAAACAAUUGGAUAGAAAUGGCCUCCAGGGUAAUAGGGAAUUUCUGGUAGAGGUUCUCAUGCUCAGCCUUUUGCAUCAUCCUAAUCUUGUGAACCUGAUUGGCUAUUGUGCUGAUGGAGACCAAAGGCUUCUUGUUUACGAAUUUAUGCCCUUGGGAUCAUUAGAAGAUCACCUUCACGAUCUUCCACCUGAUAAGGAACCUCUUGAUUGGAACACAAGAAUGAGGAUAGCAGCAGGUGCUGCCAAAGGUUUGGAAUACCUGCAUGAUAAAGCAAAUCCACCUGUUAUAUACAGGGAUUUCAAGUCAUCCAACAUUUUACUUGAUGAAGGAUUUCACCCAAAGCUUUCUGACUUUGGGCUUGCCAAGCUUGGCCCUACUGGAGACAAGUCACAUGUUUCCACCAGAGUUAUGGGCACUUAUGGAUAUUGUGCCCCUGAAUAUGCCAUGACUGGACAAUUGACUGUUAAAUCUGAUGUCUACAGUUUUGGGGUAGUCUUCUUAGAGCUGAUUACUGGACGUAAAGCCAUUGACAGUACUCGACCACAUGUUGAACAGAACCUUGUCACAUGGGCUCGUCCCUUAUUCAAUGAUCGUAGGAAAUUUUCAAAAUUGGCAGAUCCACGAUUGCAGGGGCGUUAUCCCAUGAGGGGACUCUACCAGGCUCUAGCAGUGGCUUCCAUGUGCAUUCAGGAACAGGCUGCAGCACGUCCUCUCAUUGGGGAUGUGGUCACUGCUCUCUCUUAUUUGGCAAACCAGGCAUAUGAACCUAAUUCGGCUGCGCAUGGCUACCGUGGUUCUGGGGAUAAGGAUGAGAGAAGAAAUAAAGAUGAGAGAGGUGGACAGUUAUCGAAGAGUGAGGAAGGGGGAGGAUCUGGACGCAGAUGGGACUUGGAUGGGUCUGAGAAAGAAGAUUCCCCGAAAGAAACUGCAAGAAUGUUAAACAGGGACUUAGAUAGAGAACGAGCUGUUGCUGAAGCUAAGAUGUGGGGAGAGAACUGGCGAGAAAAAAGACGACAAAGUGCUCAAGGUAGUUUCGAUGGCAGUAAUGGGUAGUACCCAGGCAUCUUUCCUCCAUCUUCUCUCUUUCUGACUUCAAACCAGGCUCAUGAAGAAGCAUUAAAAGCUAAGCUUGAGCUGGUCUGCCCGCAUGUUCUCAUCUUUUUCAUUUGUAUCUUUCGUUUUCUUUGUCUCAAAUUCCUUUUUGUUGAAACAUAUAACCAGGUGAUUAUGAAGGAGAAAAAACAUAAUUGAGAGUGUAAAUUAUCUGCUAGGAGAGCAAGAUAAGAACAAGACGUAUUUAUAAAAAUUUUGAGAGUAAACACGUCUGAGUCAUGUUCUGCUUGCUCUUAUAGGUUUCUUAUUAUGAGCCAAAAAACAUUUUCUGCUGCCUGUACUAUGUAGUCUUCUUCAAUGGCAUUUUACCAACCAAUCUAUGUUAUUUUAUCAGAUUAAUCGAUGCAUUACGUUCUUAAUAA